AUGGCGGACGACUACGACCGGCAAGUCAAGCAGGCCAAGGAGCAGCUGCGGCGGAGACUGACCCCCGCGCCCCCCCGGCCCCGCAGGCCCGACCAGCAGGUCUAUCGCGCCGGCCGCAGAGGCGCGGUCGGAACAGCCCCGGGAGGAGGCGGCGGCGGCGGCGAGGGCGAGUCGGAGGCGUCGAGCGAGAGCAGUUCCAGCAGCCGCGAGCGGCGCCCCCGCGGCCCGGCCCUCUUCUGCCUGGAGUACGAGGCCGACGGCGGCCAGGUCACCUCGGUGGUGGUCUACCAGGACAAUGACCCCGAAGAAGUGGUGGAGAAGGUCAGUGCCCAGAACCAGCUGGAGCCAGCUUUGCACGAGGCCCUUCGGCAACGAGUACAAGAUGAAUUGGAGAAGCGGCGAGUGAAGCGCUGAGAGCCAUUGCAGGGAUUGAGAAAUGAUUUAGGGGAAAUGGCGCUGGGCCUGCUUACCAGCACAGGACCGUGCUUGGGGGAUCAAGGGUUAUGCUGCUCAAGGGUGCCAUCAGGAGCAGUGGCAGAAGGAAGCAAAUCCCUGCAGUCCAUCCUUUGACAGAUGUGCCCCAAAAGAAAGCCAGCCAAAUGGUUGCAGCCCAGACUUGCUGGCUGGCUCUGUAUCAUAGUGGUCUGCCUCCCUCUUCCCCUCUUGUGAGCAUCCAAGUCAAGACCCAGGCAGUGGGAGCAGAGUGGGAGCAGCUGCCUUGCCCAAUUUCUCAGGGUCUUGGAUUAUGCUGAGGGUAGAGGCGGCUGCUGUGAAUUAGUUAUUGAAGGGGGCUGCUCCCUUGUUUAGAUUUGCAGCUUUUUGGUAGAUCAGCCUUGUGCAGAAAGUAGACUGCUGGGCUGAUCUAAGGGCCGGGGUGGGGAGGGUGAGAAGAAGCAGGGCUCAGUUUAGCUCUCUUGGAGGCCGUUGCCUCGCCCUCUUCCUGCCAACAAAGGUUCUCAGAAAUGGAGCACAGGGUUGUAAAUAAAGACUUAGAACCUGCUCUUCCAUAAUAGUUCUUGGUUACAGGAAUUUGUUUUGAAUGCUUGUGUAAUUCUGUGAAAACCUACCCGACCCCUUUGUUGACUAAACAUAGUUGGUGCUUAAAAAGUUGUCCCUGUUCUUCCUGCCCCAGCAAUGCAGAGAUCCAGAAUUGAAGUCUGCUUCUUUGAAAAGGACUUGCAGUUAUGUUCUUCUGUAGUUCUGGGAAAGAAUUCUAUUCAGGAACACACCACACAUUGGGUUACAACAAAGCAAAUUUAGGUCUUGACCUGUGAAAGAUACCAAGACAUCACUAAUGGCAUCUAAAACCCUGAGACCUUUGUCAAAACAGCAGGGUUCCACUCCCAUCAUCUAGGCAUCACACAAAUGAUUUUUCAUUCCAAAAUGUGAAUGAGAAUAGAUAUAUUCAGUUUCCUCCCAGACCAUCUAAAGCUCAAAAGAAAAGAAAAGUUACAAGGCUGGACUCCCAAGGGGCGAACAGAACACUGCUAACACACACACACUCACACACUCCCCCCAAAGAGCAUCCCUGUCUCCAUGCACACCUGCCGUUUGGGGACAUGGGCACUGAAAAGGAGCUAUAGCGGUAUACCCAUAACUUGAGUGUCAAGGAUCGUGUCCUGUAGCUGCCCCAAGUGGGUCUCAACAGCUCUACCCACAACCUGUUGUAUUGCCUCAUCUUAUUCAGUAAUCUCACUACCAAGCUGCCUCCCUCAAAGAAGAAACACUUGGGCUAGACUCCUUCCCAGUCACUGAUACAUUGGAAUUUGUCUCUGUAUCAAGGUUACAAAAAAUUCUAAGGAGCUUAGAGGAUCUCCAGAAGGGCAGAAUUUGGGCAAAGCCUUCGCACUUCAAAUCAGUCCAGGAAGUCGGAUUAUUGAGUUCCAGGAAUGCCAGUGCCCUGACUGGGAGGUUUCUGGGUCAGGACUUGUUUCCUCCCUUAGUGUCAGCCAGGCCAAGGGGAACCUGGAGCAAAACAGAGUUAAGCAAUUUUUUUAAAAGCUCAUCCGAGGGGAUUGUUUUAUUUCACGUUUGUUUAUUUACAGAAAGGCCUAAACUCUCGCCUUUUAAUAAAAGAUGUUGGAAAAAAUGCUACCACAUUC